AGUCUAUUUCUCGCAAGAAUCAGGAAGUGUUAUGCUAACAUUAAAAACUACAAGCUUCCGGUAGACUCCCCCACUCACAGAAUGGAACGCUCCAAAGUCAUUGAAAGCUAACUUUGGUUUGUUUGCAGUUUAUACAGCAGAGAUGGAGGACAUAAGGGUAUUUCCUUUGGCAUGUGUGGUACAAAACUACGCCUGGGGAAAGGUUGGACUGGACAGUGAAGUGGCCAAACUGGUUGUUGGAGAUGAUCCUCAGGCUUUUAUUAAACAUGAUCAACCAUAUGCUGAGCUCUGGAUGGGUGCGCACUCUAAAGGGGAUGCCUGCAUCAAAGACAACAGGAUACCACAGAGGACGCUUGGUCAGUGGAUUGCAGAAAAUCCAGCAUGCUUAGGGUCAAGGGUCAAAAAGACCUUUCAUGGUCAGCUGCCAUUUCUUUUUAAAGUCCUGUCUGUGAAAACGGCAUUAUCAAUUCAGGCCCACCCUAACAGAGAGUUGGCUGUUCAGCUACAUGCCAAGUUUCCCGAGCACUAUCCUGACAACAACCAUAAGCCUGAGAUGGCGAUAGCACUAACACAGUUUGAGGGUCUAUGUGGCUUUAGGCCACUGGAGGAAAUCUCAACUUUUCUGAAAACUGUUCCAGAGUUUCAUACUCUAAUAGGAGAUGAAGCCUCAGAGGAAUUACAGAACAGUGCUGAGGACCCACACCGCGCUGCAAAGGCUUUGAAGAUGUGCUUCACCAGAAUGAUGAAUUGUGAGAAGAAAGUUUUUGUUGAUCAGCUCAACAUGCUGGUAAAAAGAAUCACAGAUGAUGAAGAAACAGGUAAAGAUACGUCAGGAAGUCAUGGGAAGCUUUUGCUGCGACUAAAUGCUCAGUACCCAGGAGAUAUAGGAUGCUUCUCCAUCUACUUUCUCAACCAUAUCAUUCUGGAGCCGGGUCAAGCCAUGUUCCUGGGGGCCAGUGAGCCACAUGCUUACUUAAGUGGAGACUGCAUUGAGUGCAUGGCCUGUUCGGAUAAUACAGUGCGUGCUGGAUUAACCCCUAAAUACAUUGAUGUCAACACACUGUGUGAGAUGCUCAACUACACCCCUGGUCCAGCCGACUCUAAAAUUUUCCCCUGUACGCAAUACUGCUCCGAUCCCUUUGUCCACCUCUAUGAUCCGGCUGUUCCUGACUUCUCCGUUAUGAGGAUUGAGAUCCCAACUGCUGUAAAGGAAUACACAAUUAACCCAGUGGACAGUGCUGGCAUCCUGCUUGUGGUCAGUGGUGAGGCAACUGCUGCUGCUCCCUCUUCCUUUUCUGAUUUGAUCUUGAGAAAAGGCUCUGUCAUUUUCAUCUCGGCCAAUGAGGGUGUCUCUCUGCGUGUGACUUCGACAUGUGGGAUAACAAUGUACCGUGCAUGCUGCCUAUUAUAGCAAACUUCAGUACUUUUCUGAAUUAAAAUGUAGAUUUCCAUGUCUUACGGCAUAUGGGUCACCAUGAUUAAUGUUUUCAGCUGAUAAUUCAAUGAUAUAUACACUACUCACAAAAAGUUAGGGAUAUCUGGCUUUCGGGUGAAAUGUAAUGUUUCAGUACAGAAAGUACUGAAACAUUGGACUGUUGGACAUGCACAUUCAAAAGUCUAGAGAAGGUCACGUUAAGUUCACCUGUAAAGGUUAUAGUGGAUUUUAGGUUCAUCCUGAAUUUUCACCCGAAAGCCGAAUAUCCCUGACUUUUUGUGAGUAGUGUAUAAUUGAUGUCUGUGAAAAGGAUACAUUUCUUAAAGGUACACUAUGCAUGUUUAGGUAUUUUUGGCAGCUGUAGAGCUCCCUCUAGAGUCACGAUAUAUUUAUAUUUUACUUUGCUGUUGUAAAUAGCAAACGUCUCGUGACUAUGCACAAUGAAAAUGUUUUUGUUGUGGAGGUGAAGGAUUAACAACAGGCAAAAACUAUCCCCAAAGACCUAUAUCUACUGACAAGGUAAUGUUUCACGAUUCUCGCAAGAUUUUUUUGGGCCACCGCUCUUGAAGAUGUAUGGCUGGUUUUCUCGGUAGCGACUCGCUAUCUCUAUGCUGUAGGCCUAUCUAUGCUAGGUGAACGAUUCGCCUAUUUCAAGUUCGUUUACCAUCAAAUUGGCUUCGUAAAGGUUAUUAAGGUGAAAAUCUUGCAUAGUGUACCUUUUAAGUAUUGUGAAUCUUUAGCCACUUUCCUGAACAGAUUUCUUAGCACUGCCUUGUAAGUGGUUGUGGUUGAAUCACAUAAUAUCUAUGCAUGUCUACAUAAAUUGAGCAGAAUUUUAGCAUUGUUUAUAUGUAUGAUCCAGAAUGUGCUUCUUUCCUGUGAAUCAACACAUGCAGUGUCCUAUAUUUUAUUUGUGAAAUUGAAGGAAUGUUAAUUUGAAAUUAAGGAAUGUUAACUUUCUUUGUUGGUUAUUUGAGGCACAGAUUCCGGUUAUGGAAUUUAGUAGUUAUGUUCUAUCCAAUUAGAAGACUUCAGUUAGUGCAGUGUUUGUCAACCUUUUUUGAGCCACGGUACAUUUUUUACACA